AUGACGACAGCAAAGGAAGAAGAGAGUGUAACAGAGGCACCAGUGGCCACACCUCAGCCAGCGGUGAUAGCAGGUGAAUUAACAGCCAACACGCCAUCAUCCGACAGAACAAGACCAUCCAUGGAUCCAAGUCCUCAGUUCACCAGAACAGGGACAUCUUCCUUUCUGACCUCCAGUGUCGUACCCGGGACAAGGCCGGCCUUAAGCCCCACACACCAGACUGCUGUAAGCUUCAAAAACCGUUCCUUCCCUCUGGGUCGCCCUCUCCUCCCUCCAACCGUGAGCUCAGGGCCCUCUCCCACCGCUGUAGCAGCCAACGCCACCUUGCUCUACUGGGGGGACCUGAGCCGGACUCUCGCGUUCGUCUGGGAGCUACACGUCUAUGGAACAGCCAGUCUCUUCCUGCUGCUUUUCGCUGGAGCGGCCCUUGGUUUAAUACUCUCUUCCGGUGCUAAAUGCCCUCACCGUGGUGCUCUGGCUCUAGCUAACAUUCUCCUGUUUGUGGCAGGAUGCAUUAGAGCUACAUUCUUUUUCACUGACCCUUAUGGUACCCGCAAAUUCCUCCCCCGCCCCGCUGUCAUUGCCCUGUACAAUCUCCCUUUGCACUUAUUGGUGUGGACUCAAGCCACCAUUCCUAUACUGGCUAUGAGGGCAGCAGGUGUGAGCUUGUUUCCUCCGACUCUGGAGCGCCCCCCGCUGGUUGCAGUGUUGGCCGUGUUGCAUUGCACCCUCCUCCUGGCUUCGGACCUGCUCUCCCCAGCUCUGUCCCCUGUGGUCCCAGUCACGCUGCAGUUCUUGUCUCUGUGCUGGGGGCUGGUUGUCUGCGUCGUUUACCUGUGCUACAUUUUCCCCCACAUUCGCUGCCCUCUUAUUCCUCACGCAGCUCUUCCUGAUGCCUCACAUAGAAAGGCUUGGAGCGGGAGCAGGAAGCUGGUGGUGAUUCUGGGCCGAGUGUUGGCAGUGUGUGCGGUUCUAGGGGCUCUCUGCUGCUGUCUUCAUGCCUAUGCCACACUCUGGCUCUAUGGGCUGCUGGGGGACGGGACGCGCUUCACCUGGGGCUGGUGGCUGGUGCAUUUCUGGGCUCGGCUUCUAGAGUUAGCCUGGGGUUUCUCACUGCUGCUGCUGGCCUCGUGGCUCUUCUGGAAGCCGGAGAGUUGCAGGGGCCGAGACGAGGCAGGGACAGAUGGACGUGCAGCGGGAGACGUGUCCUCCGCGGGGCAGUCCUCCGUCUCAGCACAGCGCCACACCUGCUGGUCCAAGAUCGUUCAGAGUCUGAAAGGAAAGCCCUGCAGAAAGUCUGAUAGUAAUGGGGUAGGGUCAGCGCAGGGAGAGGUGCCUAACAAUUGGGCAGGACAAGACCGAUCUGCCGCCGACAUUAGUAAGAGUCUCAUCAGGAACCAGAACCAGAGCACAGUCCCAGCAGGACCAGUGAAAGACAACAACCGCAGGGCCCACUCUGCGGAGCGCGGCGUUUCUGAUGAGUCCGCUGGAUCUCUGCUCCGUCUCCAGCCGUUCACACGCCCGCCUCAGCGCUCGGUCAGUGGGAGCCAGGACAUAGACAGAGACACUUCAGUUUCACUCUAUGAGUUUGAUCUGAGGCCUCCCUCCCCCAUCGACUUGACCCGCAGCAUCGACGAGGCGCUGCACAGAGAACACCUGCUGACCGGGGGCAGUCUGUUCCACCCCCCUCUGUCUCAGACUCCGUCCCCCGGAUCAGGACUCAGUCAGGGGCCAUGGCUGCGCAGGAACAGUGACCCGCAGCUCUCCGACAGCAGCGAUGCCACAGAGUCCUCUAUGCCUCUAGGGGGCAGUAUCAUGAGCAGUGUUCCCAGCAGGCAGGUCACAGCGCCCCCGACACCUUCUCAUCAGGGGCACAAAUGGGGAGGAGCUCUGGGCAGUGUUCCCUCCUCAGUGUCCUGCCCCGUGUCGCUGCGUCCCACCAGGACGUCCUCCGGGCGCCUGGAGGAGGACGCGGUGGAUGACACGAGGCCCUUCAUUACCCCAGACUCAGACAGGGGGCGCCGGCGAGCAGCAAAGCCUGUAGGGUCUCGCAGUUACCUGGAAGUGUCCCGUCAUGACGACUCUGCCAGUGUGAGCAGUGAGAUUAUUGACCUAUGA